UUCUGAUCGCCUCUCCAGAAUGCCUCUGUGGCUGCUCUACUCGUCGUCACGCUACGUAGUAUGUCCGAGACAAACGUGCCUUCACACCAUCUUUAGCUACCUCCAAGACAUUGCACCAACGCUUCCUUGGGCAACCGCCGUUGUCAUGUUCUGCGUGUCUCACGCGCCGCCCUAUUCUUUAGCACUGCCAUGAGACAUUCCGGAGCACAGCCCAUCAAAACAAAGCGAUCUCGUCACCUUCAUCGCCAAGAUCUACAUCAGACUAGCCAUAACGACUAUUUCGCACAAAUGCCCGGCUAUUCCCCUGGCCGACUGUGUCAUCCAAGGUUUUUCUUCCGUUACCGCCUCAUAAGAGACAGCGUAACGUCGCGCGCCGCGUGAUUCCAUUCGCCCAUCUCAUGCCCCCCUCAAUGAAACGCACUAGUGCCAUUCUCCCGGGGCACUCUGCAGCAGCUAGCGCAGGAACAGGAAGCCUCAUUCGGCCAAAUUUGGCUGCAUGUAAGAUGAAAUGGGUGCCGCGAAGCUAGGAAAAUCUCACAUGGCCGAUGCAGGUGCACACCAUGGAGCGCAGGGGACCCCUAUUGCGCGUGGGUUUUGGGACAGUUGCUCCAACUCUACCAUGUAACGUUCUCAUGAACUACUGCAAAGUAAUAAUCGCUUAGCGGAUACUGUCAGCGCCUGCAACAGCACCCGAUUUUCCCGUGGUGGAGUUUUCGGCGCUAUUCGUGGUGAUGAUCCCCGGCGCUGGUAGUAAACCGCUGGAAUGGAGGUGAGGAGGGCAACCCCCCGUAGUAAUCAAACGGGCAUAUAAUGCGGCUCGUCCCUCUUCGGAAAAUAGGAAGAAAAAGAAUAAGAAAAGGAACAUCUCCAACAGUUCCAGUGGUAUCGACACCAAACCGCCUAGGUAAGAUAACGGCGCGUCUCUAUAUACUUUCUCUCGACAAACACCACCAUGCGCUUCUCUAGCACUCUCGCCCUACUUGGCCUAGCUGGUCUUGGCCAGGCUAUUCCUCGCCCUAGCCUUCUGACUACUCGUCAGACUGGUGGUCCCCAGAAUGUGGUCUACUGGGGUCAGAAUGGCGGCGGCACCAUUGAGAACAACGAUCUUGGCUCCUACUGCGAGCCCAACUCCGGUAUUGACGUGAUUGUGCUGGCCUUUUUGUACCAGUUUGGAAACGGCGGCAACAUCCCCUCGGGCACCAUCGGCCAAUCAUGCUACAUUAGCACCUCGGGCCAGGGCCAGAACUGCGACAAUGUUGUUGCGUCUAUUGCCAAGUGCAAGGCUGCCGGUGUCAAGAUCAUCCUGUCGAUUGGCGGCGCCACCUCGUCCUACUCCCUGCAGUCUACGCAGCAGGCCGAAUCGAUUGGCCAGUACCUCUGGGACUCGUACGCCAACUCGGGCAACACUGCUGUCCAGCGCCCCUUUGGCAACAACUUUGUCGACGGCUGGGACUUUGAUAUCGAGGUCAACGGCGGCAGCAGCAAGUACUAUCCUGCUCUCAUUGCCAAGCUGCGAUCCAACUUUGCCAAGGACCCUGCCAACAAGUACUACAUCACUGGUGCUCCUCAGUGCCCCAUCCCUGAGCCCAACAUGGGCGAAAUCAUCAGCGGCUCCCAGUUCGACUAUCUCUUUGUCCAGUUCUACAACAACAACAACUACACCGUCCCCUGUGCUCUGGGAAUCAACGGUGACGCACCCUUCAACUACAACAACUGGACCUCCUUCAUCUCCACCACACCUUCUGCCAACGCCAAGGUCUUUAUUGGUGUCCCUGCUGCCCCUCUUGCAGCCAACGGUGGCCCUGGCGGCGCCGUGUACUAUGCUUCUCCUUCCCAGCUUGCCACUAUUGUCAACGACUACCGCAGUGAUGCCCAUUUCGGCGGUGUCAUGAUGUGGAGCGCUGGCUUCUCCGACUCCAACGUCAUCGACGGCUGCAACUACGCCCAGCAGUCCAAGAACAUUCUCGUCAAGGGUGUUCCCUGCGGCGGAGGCGGUCCUCCCGUCUCUUCUCCCACUCCCAUCACUACUACUACCAAGCCCGUCGCUACUCCCACCAGCACUACUACUCCCGGAGGAGCUCCAGGUACUACCACCACGCCUGGUGGCGCCCAGCCUACGGUCGUUCAGAAAUGGGGACAGUGCGGUGGCAACGGCUACACUGGCUCUACUGUUUGCGAGCCCCCCAGCAAAUGUGUAUACCAGAGUGAAUGGUGGUCUUCGUGCCAGUAACUCAUUCAUUCAUCUUCUCUGUAUAUAUGAGAUUAUAUUUACUGUACAUACUUUCUUCUUUGCAUAUACAAAGACUUUCAGGUUACAUUCUAUUAUAUUCUAGCUAUGGCUGAGUUUAGUUCUUCUUUGCUUUAACAAGCUCCACGUAAUGAUCAAUCACCGAAAUGACCUGCUCUUCAUAGUUCUUGAACUUGAUGCCAAAGACUUUUUGCGCCUUUGCGUUGCUCACAGGGAUAUGGAGCGUCUCAGCCACGCUCGCAUCUGCAAAUUUGAAAAUGCCAGCCUCAAGUUCCGCAGGAUACCGCUUCUUGACGAUAUCAAAGGAAUCUGUCCACUGUGUAACACCGCCGUCUUCACCACUGGCCAAAAAGUUUUGGUUACCUUCGAUUUUCGGAUCAAGAGAGCGCAGAUGCAUUUCAGCAACGUCAUCAAUGUGAACCUGGAUUCCGGAGAGCGCAGGACGCGGGUAGCCUAGAAGCGACGCCAUGACAAUACCGUUUGUGCCCUUCGUAAUCUGUGCCGCAUCCGUGACAGUGUCGUCGCGUCCAAUGACAAAACAGGGCAUGAUGGUGAUAACAUCAAAUGAGGGCUUCUGCUCCCUCAUAAACGUGUUGGUUGCUUCAAAGGCCUCAUACUUGGACAUAAUGUAGGCGUCUUGAGUACUUUGCAAGGGCCUCGUAAUGUGGACAUCCCGGGUCUCCUCGGUCAAAGACGCAUCGGAAUGCGUGGUGUUGGAGGUAAGAGAAGCAAUAGACCCCGUAAUCACAAUCCUCUUGAUAGAGGGUUCUGUGGCAGCAGCCUCCAACAUACCCAAGGUACCUCGCACGGCGGGCUUGACAACGCUAAUCUCGUAACUCUCAGUGCUAGUCCCUUCGUUGAUGGGGCUAGCGACGUGGAUGACGUAGGUGACGCCCUUGACAGCUUCAUUGUAUGCACCCAGAACAGUGAUGUCAGGUACAACGACGUUGGAGAGUUGUGAGAGGUAGGGAGCGAGCGGCGCAAGACUGGCUAUGCGCUCAUACGACUCUUGGGACCGAGUCGCUGUGCGAACAGUGUAUCCGGCUCGCAAGACAAAGACCAAAACACGGAAGCCAACCAUGCCGGUGGCGCCGGUGAUGAGGACCAAACCAUUAGACAUUGCUACUAGAAUUUGCUGAGAUGUUUGGAGAAGAACUUCUGGAAGAGUUGCUACGUAGUUGGCCGGCUG